GUCUGAGAAGAGACUGACUGUCCCACCACGGUUUCAAAAGGAGUUGCAAGUUCACCUGUCUAGAAGUUCUUCCACAGAAUCAAGUGAUAUUACAUCCACUGCAGAGACUCAUGCUGUUGCCUCUGGCUCUUCUGCUGCUGAUAUCAGUGAACUUCAAGGUCGCAUUAAGGAGCUUUUGAACAAGCACAGCAGUGGUGUCUGGCUGUCAAAGUUGCCUCAGAUCUAUCGGGAAAUUUACUGGGAGGACCUUAGCACAGAAGUGCUCCAACAGCUUGAGAACUGGCCUCAUGUGUGCACAGUAGAGAAAAUACACUUGGGUGAUCAGAUGGAUGGGCUUCUUUAUCCUGUGAAGAAAACACCACUGACAGCAAAAAGUGAUACUGAGCAAGAGAAGGCAUCUCAGAAUGCUACUGCUUCAAAAGCAGACUCUUUGGUAAAACCAAAUAUGGAGACCACACCUGCAUCACUCAGUAGCGACUUAAAGCAAAAGGUUGUUAGCAUCUUGUUGAAGUAUUCCAGCGGUCUUUGGGCUCAUGCACUUCCCAAAGUGUACCAAGACAUGUACCAAGGAAAGUUUCCAGAAGACAUUCUAAAUAAUCUCGAGCUGCUCUCAGAUGUGUGUAUAGUGGACUGUGUAUCUGAAGUUCCCAAAAAGGCCAUCCUCUAUGCUAAACCCCAAAGAUGCAUUGAUGAGAAUCUGAAUGUCACUGAGAAGGGCCAGAGGCAAGAUGGUGUGAAGGCCACAGCUGAACAGCAAUAUGAAGAAUCCCAGGACCAGUAUCCAGAGAACAUAACUGUUCCUCCUCUAAUCAUUCCAUCAGAAGGAUCUGUGUCCGUUAUGGUGUUAGAAGUGAAAAAUACUAAUGAAGUCCUAAUUAGGUAUGUGGGCAAAGACUAUUCUUCUGCCCAGGAUCAAAUGGAAGAUGACAUGAAAGCCUUCUAUAGUCACAACAGUACAGUGUCACCAGCUCAGUCUCUGAGUGUUGGGCAGCUUGUUGCAGUGCACGCUGGAGAAGAUGCCUGGCUGCGCGCGCGGAUAAUGUCUCUAGAAGGGAACAAAAUAAAGGUGUACUAUGUUGAUCACGGCUUCACUGAAUUGGUUGAAAGCAACAGCGUGUACAAACUACAGAAACAGUUCAGUUCACUUCCUUUUCAAGUUACAAAAUGUAAACUGGCAGGACUGGAAGCCUUCUGUGAUGAUCCUGUCCUAGUAAAUACUGUGGACUCAGAGACAUGCUACAAGAUGUUUGCUGUGGAGGUGCUGGAAAAGAGUGAUGUUCCUCUGCUUGUUCUCUAUGACACCUCUGGAGAAGAUGAUAUCAACAUCAAUGCUACUUGUCUGAAGGCAUUGUAUGACAAGUCCCUUGAACUGCACCUACAGGUAGAUGCACUAUACACAAAUGUCAGAGUAACCAAUAUUCUCUCUGAUGGAAGCCUGUAUUGCCAAGUGCCGUCCAAAGGCUUGUCUAGACUCUCUGAAGUCUUGCAGAAACUAGACGACUACUUCCUUUACAAGCACACAUCUGAGUUCAAUGUAUUGCUACCUUUCUGUGGCAAAAUCUGCUUGUUGCCUUCCAAAGGAAAAUGGGCACGUGUAGAGAUAAAAAUUAUUCAUACUAGACGGGCACUUGAUGUACAGUUUAUGGAUACUGGAACAGUUGCAACUGUAAAAGUAUCAGAGCUCAGAGAAAUCCCACCACAAUUCCUGAGGGAAGUAAUUUCAAUACCUCCUCAGGCUUUAAAAUGCUGCCUGGCAGAUCUGCCUCCAAACACUGGCAUGUGGACUCCAGAUGCUGUACUGUGGCUGAGAGAUGCUGUAAUGAAUUGUCCCGAAUUUAGCAUGAAGGUGCAUAAACAGGAUGGUUCAAAGGGAAUUGCGCACGUUUACUUGUUUGCUCGAGAGACUUUCCCAGACAUGGAUCAUAGCAUCAAUCAGCAGAUCAAAAAUGCAGACUUGUGGAAGCAUCAGAAGGAUGUUUUCUUGAGUGUUACACCCAGUGGGACUAGCUCCGCAAAAGUGACAAGUGAUGCUGCCUCAGCUCAGCAGUUAGCUAGUGGGAGGCUGCAGAAGAGUUUCUCUGAUUCAGCCAGAGAGCCCAGCAGUGCAGCAUCUACCACUGAUAUGCCUCCCCCUCUACCCUUGCCAAAGCCUGGUGAGCUCAUGGAUGUCUUUGUCUCGGUGGCCUGCCAUCCAGGUCACUUCAUUGUCCAGCCUUGGAAUGAGCUGAAUAACCUGGACACCCUAAUGGAAGAAAUGAUCUUGUACUACAGCGGGGCAGAAGAGAAACCUGUGAACAUUGAAAAAAACAAGCUGUAUGCAGCUAAAAUUGGAGAUAAGUGGUACAGGGUCAUAAUCAAAGGAGUUCUUAGAAAUGGGUUUUUGUCAGUGUAUGAGCUAGACUAUGGCAAACACGAGUUUGUCAACGUACGGAAAGUACAGCCGCUCAUGGAUACAUUUAGAAAACUGCCUUUCCAGGCUAUAACAGCUCAGCUUGCAGGAGUCAAAAACCAGCAGUGGUCAGAAGAGGCAUCGAUAGCAUUUCGGAAUCUUGUAGAGAAGAAGCCCUUUGUGGCACAAAUACAUGCAGUUAAUGAAAGCACUAACCCUUGGGAUAGAAAAGUAGUGACUUUUCUCGUGGACACAUCUCUUCAACAUAUUGAUACAUGGAUUCAUGAUUUUGUGUCUCAGAGUCUUGUGGAAUUUUCAAAGGGUGAUUAA